AUGGAGGAAAAUGUUGUCACAUUAACAGAUAGUUUCAGCGGCGUGACGGUCAAAGUAGCAGAAUGGGACUUUCGCUCAAUGACUGCGGAGACAUUCAAACAACGCUUUGAAGUCUCCAUCCAAAAACCUUUACAGGAUCUAUUGAAUAACUUUAAGCGAAAUCCAAUUGUGGAAAUGCCGCGGUCACUCCAAAUGUCGCUGUUAGGACUAAUUCGUGGAAUCGCUCAAUUCUACAAGUAUAUCCUGUCCCGUUCAGACACACAGGUCAACUUGAAUCUUCGUCAAAUGUUUGGACCGCAAACAUCACGCCAAGUUUGUUUCCUGUACUUCCAAAGUAUGAAUCGAAUUCGUAAAGUUUGUUUGUCUAUCAUUGACACAAACCGUUCGCGAGAACCUUUCACCGUGAGGCCGAGAAGCUUAGAAGAUAUGGAAGAAACGUUCUUUGGUCCAGCUUUUGCUUGUCAACGUUCGACGAUGCGGAGAGGAGCGAUGCCGGGGGUAUCUUUCCCAGUGCUGGUGUGCUGGAAAAUCAUGGAACUAGUGCCAACUAACUGCCCUGACACCUUCUUGGAACCGAAAAUCGUUCGCCUCCAAACGGAAGAGGAACUAAGAAUGUGCCCGACAUCCGCAGGAAUGAACACAAAUCGAAAAACGAGAUUUUACGCUGCACUUGCAAAGGAUCCCGACUUAGCUCCUUAUAAAGCAGAGACUUGUGCUCUAUGUGAAGGGUCCGGGGUGGAGGAAAAGCCUCGUCCGUGCAGUAGAUGUAGAGUGGCGCGUUACUGCUGCAAGGAGCACCAAGUCGAGCACUGGCCGUUACACAAAAAGCAUUGCAAGCGAUUGCUGGUAUUGAAGCAGGAGCAGGGUUACCGCCCAGAGUCUAUCGUGUGA